AUGCCGCCGCGGCGCAGCAUCGUGGAGGUGAAGGUGCUGGACGUGCAGAAGCGGCGGGUGCCCAACAAGCAUUAUGUCUACAUCAUCCGAGUCACAUGGUCCAGUGGCUCCACUGAGGCCAUUUACCGGCGCUACAGCAAGUUCUUUGACCUCCAGAUGCAAAUGUUGGACAAAUUUCCUAUGGAAGGAGGACAGAAGGACCCUAAGCAGCGGAUCAUUCCUUUUCUACCAGGCAAAAUUCUGUUCCGAAGAAGCCACAUCCGGGACGUAGCCGUCAAACGCCUGAUACCAAUUGAUGAGUACUGUAAGGCCCUGAUCCAGCUGCCCCCCUACAUCUCUCAGUGCGAUGAAGUGCUGCAGUUCUUUGAGACAAGACCCGAGGACCUGAAUCCCCCUAAAGAGGAACACAUUGGAAAAAAGAAAUCUGGGGGUGACCUGACCUCAGUGGACCCCUUGGUCUUGGAGCAGUAUGUGGUGGUGGCAAACUACCAGAAGCAGGAGAGCUCGGAGAUCAGCCUCAGCGUGGGGCAGGUGGUGGACAUCAUCGAGAAGAAUGAGUCAGGUUGGUGGUUCGUCAGCACCGCGGAGGAGCAAGGCUGGGUCCCUGCAACCUGCCUCGAAGGUCAGGAUGGUGUGCAGGAUGAGUUUUCCCUACAGCCUGAAGAAGAGGAGAAGUACACAGUCAUCUACCCAUACACAGCCCGUGACCAAGAUGAAAUGAACCUGGAGAGAGGGGCCAUGGUGGAAGUCAUACAGAAAAACCUGGAAGGCUGGUGGAAGAUCAGGUACCAGGGCAAGGAGGGCUGGGCCCCAGCCUCCUACCUAAAGAAAAGCAGUGGGGAGCUUUUACCCCCGAAGCUGGGCCCCAGCUUCCCAGCACACUCGGGUGCCCUUGACCUGGACGGCCUUUCCCGGCAGCAGAAUGCAGUGGGCAGGGAGAAGGAGAUGCUCAACAACCAGAGGGAUGGCCGCUUCGAGGGCCGCCCAGCGCCCGAUGGGGAUGUGAAGCAGAGAUCACCAAAGAUGAGGCAGAGACCCCCUCCUCGCCGGGACAUGACCAUACCUCGAGGCCUAAACCUUCCGAAACCACCCAUCCCACCCCAAGUGGAGGAAGAAUAUUACACCAUUGCUGAAUUCCAGACAACCAUCCCUGAUGGCAUCAGCUUCCAGGCAGGCCUAAAGGUCGAGGUGAUCGAGAAGAACUUGAGUGGCUGGUGGUACAUUCAGAUUGAAGAUAAGGAAGGAUGGGCCCCAGCCACCUUCAUUGACAAAUACAAGAAAACGAGCAGCGCCUUAAGACCCAACUUUCUGGCUCCCCUGCCCAACGAGGUGACCCAGCUCCGACUUGGGGAUGCAGCAGCAAUAGAGAACAGUACAGGCUGUGAAGCCACAGGCCCCUCUCGGCCCCUGCCUGACGCACCACACAGCAGUGUGGACUUGGGGAUGCCGUGGUCCAAGGACUGGAAGGGCGCCAAGGAGGGCCUGAGGAAGGCGACUGCAGACAUUUCCGCAGGCUACGAGGAGAUCUCAGACCCUGAUGUGGAGGAGAAGCCCAGCCUCCCUCCCCGAAAAGAGUCCAUCAUCAAGUCCGAAGGGGAGCUGCAGGAGAGAGAGAGGCAGAGGUUGGAGCAGCUCCGGGGCUCUUCACCCAAGCCUCCCGGCAUGAUCUUGCCCAUGAUCCCAGCCAAGCACACCCCCCCAGCCCGGGAAAGCAGGAAGCCAGAACCCAAACCUGACAAAAGUAAGUUGUUCCAGCUGAAAAAUGAAAUGGGACUGGAAUGCGGUCACAAGGUGUUGGCAAAGGAAGUGAAGAAACCCAACCUCCGGCCCGUCUCCAAAGCCAAAGCUGACCCACCAGAGGAGAAGCCAGAAGCCGUUCCCCAGAACCCAUUCUUAAAAUCCAAACCUCAGGUUAGGCCCAAACCAGCUCCUUCCCCCAAGACAGAGCCACCUCAGGGUGAAGACCAACUGGACAUCUGUAACCUCAGGAGUAAGCUCAGGCCUGCCAAGUCCCAAGAGAGAACCUCAUUGGAUGGGGAGAGCCACCAAGCUGUUGGGGGCACAGACCUGGCCUUCAGCCGCAGCUUCCUGUCUGGGGAGGGACCCGGCCGUGCCCAGGAGAAAAUAAGCAAACAGGACGGGCUCAGCCCUAAGGAGAUGGCCUCCAGAGCCCCUCCCCGGCCAGCCAAGACAACAGAGCCCAUGUGUAAGAGUGUCCCCAUCCCUUUCCAGGACACUUCCCAGCAGAGGCCCGUGGUCCCACCCCGAAGACCACCACCACCCAAGAAAGCCUCCUCAUCACCCAGGCCCCUCUCAGAGAUCAGAGGACCACAGCGUGAGGCCAGCGAAGGCAAGGCAAUUCCUACCCCUGGCCGGGCCCUACUUGUCCCUCCAAAAGCCAGGCCUUUUCUCCUCAACUCCUCAGUAGGCCAAGAUGACUUGAGAGGCAAAGGCUUGCCAGGACCACGAAUGGUGGGCAGGAUUGGAGAAAGCAGGGAGAAAGCAUCUGCAGCUCCCUGCCCCAGCACCGAUGGCCCAAAGGACUCUUUGUAUGUGGCUGUGGCCAACUUUGAAGGUGAUGAAGAUACUAGCAGCUUCCAGGAAGGGACUGUGUUUGAAGUCCGAGAAAAGAAUAACAGCGGCUGGUGGUAUUGCCAAGUUCUGAGUGGGGGCCCUUCCUGGGAAGGAUGGAUUCCUUCCAACUACCUAAGAAAGAAGCCAUAGC